AAUAUCUAGUGCGCGGUUGUCGUUAUGUUUUGACUCAGUUUGCUAUGUAAACAGUGAACAUAAAAUUAACUUAAUAUCCUUGUCUUUAUAGUUAUAUAAUGCUUUUUAUUAACAAUUUACUGCAGUACAAGUGUUAUAAUAAAUAUUUACCGGUCAUACCACUACUUUAACUAAAUAAACAGUGCUGAAACAUAAAUUUUAGGUUAUAAGUGUUAUAAAAAAAAACUCAAUAAUAUAAACUAUUAUUAAUUAUACGAAUACGUUUAGAGCCUCUGAAUUUUACACUGAGCAGUCAAAAGAAUAAAGAUUAACAGUUUGCUUUAAAAUGGAGCCGGAAAAUCUUCAAAGUGUCCUGCAAGAAGCAGAUAUUCGAGUAGAUAUGGCUGAUUUACAAAACCCAACAGAACGUUUUAUGACUUAUCUUAUAACAGAAUAUUUACAUAAGUUCAACAUUGAUGGCAAUGAAAUAUCUAAGUCAACGCCUGAACAACUUGAAGGUCUUUCUUGUCCUGAAUCAGCAUCAGAUGCAAUCAAAGCUAUCAAUCUACACUCAGCAAUAUCCUCAUUUUGUGGUGAAAUUUUUCUUAAAGAUUUAUCUCUCAAAGAUAUUACCAGUCCAGGCCCUAAACGAGCACGGAGACAAAUAAAAAUUUUAUUCAACUUUCUUGUAUAUGUUAAAAAUAAAUUAACUGAAAAUGAAAUUACCUUAGAAGAAUUCGAAAACAGACAAAAAGAUAUCGAAGAAAUGAUAGAUAGUAAGAAUGAUAUUAUCAAAAAGAUAGGAAGUACAAUUCAUGAACAAGAAAAUAAAUUAGAAUUAAAGCAAAGGAUACAACAAGAAAUUGAUGAAAUCAGUCAAGAAAUAGAGGCAAACAAUAGAAAAUCGAAAGAACUAGAAUGUCAGGUCAAAGAUGCUAUGAUAAAACAUCAGGAUGCUUCUAAAAAAUGUAAUGAAUUGAAAGCAAAAACAAUACAGAUGCACAAAGUUACAUCAGAAUUACAAUCAAAGAUUGUAAAGUCUCCUGAGGAAUAUGCAGCCCGCUCAAAAGAGUUGAUGAAAAUGUUAGAAGUAAAGACAGAAGAAAGACAAGUACUAAAUGAAUCCAUCACACGGAAAAAAUUACAAAUAAAAAAUAAUGAGAGUGCACAAGAGCUUGUCAAAGAUCUCAAUGAAAAGUUUACACUUAAUACAAAUGAUACUUUUAAGAAAUUGAAAGAAACUGUUGAAAAAAUUGAAUGCAUAGAGAAAGAACUCAAAGCCUUGAAAGCAGACAUUGAAAAAUGGACGAUUUUUGAUAUAACUAAUGUAACAAACAAUUGUGAAGAAAAUGAUUUCAAAGGGCAUGAAAAGUUAUUGUUUGAACUGGACAAUCAAUAUGCCGCUAAAGAAAGAGAGUAUAAUUCUCUAAAAAAUUUGGUAGAAGAAUUAAAACAAGAUUUUAAUGCGAAAAAGAAUAUGUUAGAGGAUGAGUUAAAAACAAUCAUGGCAUCUGAAGAAAAUAAUGCUUAUGUUGUGAAUGAAUAUAAGAAAUAUUUCGAAAACGAAAUUGCAGAGGAACUUUCUUUAAGAGAUGCUGUAGUAGACACAAUUACAAAGAAUCUUAAUAGAAAUAAAAGUUUUAAUUUGUAACUUUUAUAAGUAAAAGUAUUUUUAAUUAAUGUUUUAUAUAAUGUAUUUUCAACGUAAAAGAUGACAUAAUAUUUAUUGUUACUGAAAACAUGUAAAUAGAUUUUAAACUGUGACUUGUGUGUGAAUAACCCAAUUUUAUAUUUUUCUAAGAUCUAUAGAUAUUCUUAAUU